AUGAGCUCUUUUGUAUUUUGGAGUAGUGAUGACGAGAGCGAUGAUUCUCACGUUGAAGCUGCUAUGGUGCGCCUGGAACGUCGAAGAUUAAGAGAUAUGAGCAAUCCUCUUGAUUUACCCCACGAUGCGUUUGUUAAAUAUUUUCGGAUUUCAAAGGACCUCUUUAAAUAUUUACUCAACAUAGUGGAACACAAACUAGGAGUGACCGUUGGAUCUUCAUCAGUGCUACCAAUAACAAAACUAUCGGCAGCAUUAAGAUUUUUUGCUGAAGGCAGUUACCAAAAAGGUGUAGGAAACGAUGUGUUCGCAGGAAUGGCACAACCCACAUUAUCGAAGACUUUGGCAUCUGUGAUUGAUAUUUUAGAAACCCAAGUUUGCCCGAUGGUCAUACAGUUUCCUAUGCAAGAUGCAGAAAAGGAUGCGAUAAAACUUGGAUUCUACGAAAAAGCUGGAUUCCCAGGGGUAAUAGGAUGUGUCGAUGGUACCCACGUAAGGAUUUUUCCACCUCCUGCGGAUGUUCAGCAUCUUUAUUAUAACAGAAAAGGAUUUCACAGUUUGAACGUUAUGCUAGUCUGUGAUCAUAGAAAAUUAAUAAAACACGUAUUAACUAGUAAUCCUGGAUCGAUUCUAAGUUCCAUAAAAAAUAAAUUUAUUCAGGAAUAA